AUGGACACCCCGAUCGGCUGUCAUCCUUUGGAACAGGGACCUGAGAAAGAGACGGGAGUGCCUUCCAAAGCCCUCGAAGACCCCAGCCAACCCAAGGAUCUCGAUUUUCCACCGGGUCAAAAAACGCCGUUGCCAACGCCAAUUGUUGGUUCCGUCAUUUAUCCAUUCGUAAAUGAGCUCGUCCUUGGCUUAGGUAUCACCAAUGGAGAUCCUAAGAGAGUUGGAUAUUAUGCCGGCUUGAUCGAGUCAUCCUUUUUCUUCACAGAAUUCCUUGUUAUCUUUCAGUGGGGGAGGUUAUCAGAUAAAUAUGGAAGGAAACCCAUUAUCACCAUUGGCCUUUUUGGGGUGUCUCUUUCGAUCCUCUCCUUUGGGUUCUCUCGUACUUUUGCAACAGUCGUGAUCAGUCGUUGCCUUGCGGGACUGUUGAAUGGGAACAUAGGUGUUAUCAAGAGCAGCAUCGGUGAACUCUCGGACAGCACGAAUGUCCAAGAUGCGUUCCGAUAUAUGCCGCUUUGCUGGCCGCUGGGCGAAGCGAUCGGCGGGUUGAUUGGAGGGUACCUUUCGAAUCCGAACAAACAUUUCCCCCGAGUUUUCAAAUCAAGUCCUUUUUUUGAAAGCUUUCCCUAUCUGUUGCCUUGCGCCACUGCUGCGAUGUUUCCCCUAACAGGGGUCAUCUUGUCAACAGUGGCUUUUAGGGAGACCAAUGUAAAGGCGAUAAGACAUGGAUCGCCCCCUCACUCAUGCUCUGAGCACUCCACGUCGGCUCAUCCAUCCUUUAUCAGCAUUCGCACCAUACUCACACGACGUGUGGUUGUUGCAGGGGUGAACUAUUGGUGUCUCUGCCUGUUAUACAUUGUUCACUCAGUCCUCCUUCCUCUGUACCUUUCCACACCUCUCGGACAUGGGGGGUUAGGAUUUGAUCCAAGGCGAAUAGGAAUUGUACUUUGUAUCCAAGGUGCAGUCUCCAUCAUCCUGAUCAUACUCCUUGCCGCCAAAAUGCAGAAACAUUUUGGAGUUGCGAUGAGUUUCACUAUUGCCAUAGCUGGUUACUUUGUGGUAUUCUCGGCCUUUCCGAUUAUGACCAUGAUGACCUCCGCCAUCUCAACUCCAGAAAUCUCCGGAACAGCUUCCCACCUGCCAUGGACGGUCUGGGUAGUGUUGGCGGCUCAGAUUUUGUGUGUGGGACUGAUUAACGCUGGGUUCGGAUCAAUUUUUGUUCUCAUCACAGAAGCGGCACCUAAGGCACAUCUGGGGGGAAUAAAUGGAUUUGCCCAGACUGGUGCGUCUCUUGUGCGUGCCAUCGGGCCGGCGGGAUCGACCAGCCUUUUUGCGUUCUCUGUGGAGAGACAUCAUAUACUCGGCGGGGGGUUGGUAUGGCUUAUAUUGGUUAUUCUUACUUUUGUGAGUGUCGGGAUGUGUUUUUUGUUGGAGGAGCCACACGGCGUUCCUUUGGGCGGGGACGAAGAGGAAAUGAUCGCAUUACUGGAAAACAGGGAACCGGAGUAA